CAAGCUCAACAAUCAACAUAGCCCCAAAUAGUAGGCAAGAUAAACCCUACAACACAAAAUUCUCAACUCUUCACUACUAAUCUUAAAUUCUUGACAUCAGUAGGUGGAGAAUUUCAGACAUUUGUACAAACAAUCAAAAAUGGCACGAGAAAGAAAAGAAAUCAUAGCAUCUACUCUGUGUAAACGCUUUUCUUUGGAUGCUAAAACUUUUUCUGGGGAUAUUGAGACAAGUGAUGUUAAGAGCUUGUGCACUAACAUCUUGAAGGCAUCACAGCCAAGUAAUGAGGUGAUGAAAUGGAUAGAAUUUGCAGAGAGUUUUCCUGUGGAUUCCGCGGCUUGCUUUGAAGCCAUUAAUGGCCUGAAUGAGGAGUUGCUUCUGAAGUCUGUUUUAGUGGGUAAAGGGUUGACAACCUCUGAAGCUGAUGUGAUUGUGUACUCGGUGAUCCAUCCUUUUGUGGUUGCUAUGUCAAAAUCAGAUAGGCAGAAGUUUCCAAAUGUUUUAAGAUGGAUGGAUUAUGUUCAGAACAAGGAGGAUUUCGGAGACGUACUUGAGAGAAUUUCUAUAGAGAGGGUCACCUUUGAACCUCCAGUAUCAAAAUGUGCGGCUUCCACCUCAGAUGCAAAAGACACUGCCAAUAACACAAAAGCUGAUGCAAAUGCCAAAAAGGAUAUGACCAAAGAAUCAAAAACAGUUAAUGGUCCUGAAGCAGACAAGAGUUUACAGAAAGAUUCUACUCAGAAAACUAAGAGUGCCAAAGCAAGUGUUGAGCAGAAGAAACCAGAAACAGAAGCAGCCCCUAAAGAUGAGGUUCCAGUGACACUGCUCAAUAUACAAGUUGGUCUUAUUCGCAAAGCAUGGAAACAUCCUUCAGCUGAUAGUUUACUGGUUGAGGAGAUUGAUGUUGGAGAGUCCAAAGUACGGCAGGUAGUCAGUGGUUUAGCAAAAUUCUGCAGUCCUGAUGAUUUGGUGAAUCGACGUGUGGUGUUAAUUACUAAUGUGAAACCUGGAAAACUAAGAGAUGUAGUAUCCGAAGGACUGGUUCUGUGUGCGUCGAGUGAAGAUCAUAGUGCCGUAGAGCCUUUGAUUCCUCCAGAAGGUGCUACAGUUGGGGAGCGUGUUUCCUUUUCAGGGCAUGAAGGGAAACCUGAAGAUGUUCUCAACCCGAAGAAGAAACAACUGGACAAGAUUACGCCGCAUCUAUUUACCGACGAGAAUGGGGUCGCCACAUACAAAGGAAUACCGUUUAUGACUUCUGCUGGUCCAUGCACAUCUUCAAUCAGGAAAGGAAGCGUUAAAUGAGUGAUCUUGAGAACAAUUCUGAUGAAAUUUUGAGUUAUGUAGUGUUACUGUAUACAUAGUACAAAAUCUGAGUUCAUUUGUGAAUUUUUACGUGAAGGCUCAUAUGUCAUACGUUACAAACUAAUGUCUUGAAGAUUUGGAAAAUGUUCUCUAGUUGCCAUGUUAUGAUA